AUGGCUCUGAAGCGCUUCUGGACUGCGCUGCUCCCCAGCCUGCGCCGCCUCGCCCCGUUGUCCACGGCGCCGGCGGCCCGCGAGCAGCCCGGCGCGGGCUCGGGGGCAGUGCCGGGACACGGGGCGGCCGAGACCGUGCGGCCGCCGGUGCCCGCCGUGGACUUCGGCAACGCACAGGAGGCGUACCGCAGCCGGCGCAGCUGGGAGCUGGCGCGCAGCCUGCUGGUGCUGCGCCUGUGCGCCUCGCCCGCGCUGCUGGCGCGCCACGAGCAGCUGCUCCACUUCGCCAGGAAACUGCUGGGGCAAAGGCUGUUCGACAGGCUCAUGAAGAUGACCUUCUAUGGGCAGUUUGUGGCCGGAGAGGACCAGGAGUCCAUCCGACCCCUGAUCCAGCACAAUAAGGCCUUCGGCGUUGGCUCCAUCCUAGACUAUGGCGUGGAGGAGGACCUGAGCCCCGAGGAGGCCGAGCGCAAGGAGAUGGAGUCCUGCACCUCAGCUGCGGAGAGGGAUGGCAGCGGCAUAAGUAAGAGGGAGAGGCAGUACCAGGCCCACCAUGCCUUUGGCGACCGCAGGGACGGCGUCAUCAGUGCCCGCACCUACUUCUACGCCAACGAGGCCAAGUGCGACUGCCAUAUGGAGACGUUCCUGCGCUGCAUCGAGGCCUCAGGCGGAGCCUGUGAGGACGGCUUCUCGGCCAUUAAGCUCACUGCGUUGGGGAGACCCCAGUUUCUGCUGCAGUUCUCAGACGUGCUGACCAAGUGGAGACGCUUCUUUCACCAAAUGGCUGCAGAGCAAGGGCAGGCUGGGCUGGCUGCCAUGGACACGAAGCUGGAGGUGGCUGCGCUGCAGGAAAGCAUCGCCAAGAUGGGCAUCGCAUCCAGGGCAGAGAUCGAAGGCUGGUUCAGGGUGGAGACCCUGGGUGUGUCCGGCACUGUGGACCUGCUGGACUGGAGUGGCCUCGUCGACAGCAGGACCAAGCUUUCCCAGCACCUGGUGGUCCCCAACACACAGACAGGACAACUGGAGCCCCUGCUGUCCCGGUUCACUGAGGAGGAGGAGCUGCAGAUGACAAGGAUGCUACAGCGGAUGGACAUCCUGGCCAGGAGAGCCAGGGAGGUGGGCGUGCGGCUGAUGGUAGACGCCGAGCAGACCUACUUCCAGCCGGCCAUCAGCCGCCUGACGCUGGAGAUGCAGCGCAAGUUCAACGUGGAGAAGCCGCUUGUCUUUGGCACUUACCAGUGCUAUCUCAAGGAUGCCUAUGACAAUGUGACUCUGGAUGUGGAGCUGGCUCGCCGUGAGGGCUGGUGUUUUGGGGCCAAGCUGGUGCGGGGGGCGUACAUGGCCCAGGAACGUGCCCGAGCUGCGGAGAUUGGCUAUGAAGACCCCAUCAACCCCACGUACGAAGCCACCAAUGCUAUGUACCACAGGUGCCUGGACUACGUGCUGGAGGAGCUGAAGCACAAUGAGAAGGCCGCGGUGAUGGUGGCCUCCCACAACGAGGACACUGUGCGCUUCACUCUGUGCAGGAUGGAGGAGCUGGGCCUGCACCCCGCUGACCGCCAGGUGUACUUUGGACAGCUGCUGGGCAUGUGUGACCAGAUCAGCUUCCCGUUGGGCCAGGCGGGCUUCCCCGUUUACAAGUAUGUACCCUAUGGCCCCGUGAUGGAGGUGCUGCCCUACCUGUCCCGCCGUGCCCUGGAGAACAGCAGCCUCAUGAAGGGUGCCCAGCGGGAGCGGCAGCUGUUGUGGCAGGAGCUCAAGCGGCGGCUUCGCACCGGUAGCCUCUUCUACCGCCCAGCCUAGUGGCCACUGCUGCAUCACUACCAUUGGCCUUCAUGCACCCCGGCUGUGGCCUCCCAAGGCCCUCAUGCCCAGCAGGGACUUGGGGGUGGGGCCUGGGUGGCCCUUAGGCUGUCACCAUAGCUGCAGCCCAAUCCCAACCUUGCAGAUUCACCUAUUUACACCUAAGACUUCGGGACCUGUGGGAGAUGGGGCCCUGCCCAGGGUGUGGGCACUCAGUGUGGGCUGAGUCCGAUACCUGUCUGAGCCACUGUGAACUGUUGGGACCUCCCCACCUAUGCAACCCAUGUCCUGGAGGAUUGCCUUCUGCCAGGGGCCAGCCCACACCCCGAGCCCCUGGGUGGCCAGCAGCUAGGCAGGGGAAGCACACCUGAUCAAUAAACCAUUGUCCCUACA